AAAAUUACAUUCUAGGAAACUACCCUUGGUCAUGGCUAGACUGAGCCCUCCCAACACCCUAGCAUCAAACUUGAUAUGAAGACAAGCUGCUCCAAGUCUCCGGUAGCUCUCUUCGGAAGACGGUCAGGAGUGUUCUGCCCUUGCCGUAAGAACAGCCCUUUCUGACUUAAGGUGCUGUUGGUGCUGUGACGCAGGAAGAACUGCAUGCAGGCUCCAGGAGUUCCUUAUUUUCACUUCUUGAGUAGUUAGUUCUCUGUGGAUGGAGAAAGAUUUGAGUCUUAAUUGCCCUGUUUUCAAGGUGUUCUGUGUCGUCUGAACUGGGCCACUUCCUAAUGAGCNACACAGCCAGUCCUUGUCCGGAGCUGGUUGAACCCUGUGCAGUGCAUGCAGAAGGAAUGGCCCAGGAAGAGAGCCAUCGAAGUCAGGNGCCACCCACCUUUUACCAUGGUGCCAGCCAGGAGCUCGACCUGUCCACCAAAGUGUAUAAAAGGGAGUCUGGAAGCCCUUACUCUGUGCUAGCAGACACCAAGAUGAGCAANCCACAUCUCCACNAGGCGGAGGAGCAGCCAUAUUUCAGGGAGCCAANGGCAGUGUCUGAUGUGCAUACUGUCAAGGAAGACCGGGAGAAUUCUGAUGACACGGAAGAGGAGGAGGAAGUCUCUUACAAAAGGGAGCAGAUCAUAGUGGAGGUAAACCUUAAUAACCAAACAUUAAAUGUCUCUAAAGGGGAAAAGGGUGUCUCUUCCCAGUCCAAAGAGACGCCUGUCCUUAAGACAAGCAGCGAGGAGGACGAGGAAGAGACUGAGGAGGAGGCCACAGAUAACAGCAGUGACUACGGAGAGAACGGACGACAGAAGAAAAAGGAGAAGCAAGUGGAGAGAGUCAGGGUUACACAGAGGGAACCCAGAGAGCGAACCCAGAGAGCGGCCUCUGCUGCCGCAGCUACCACUUCCCCUGCACCCCGCACAACUCGAGGCCAUAGGAAGAGUGCAGAGCUACCCAAGAGGAAGAAGCGGGCCACCAAGGAGGCUAAAGCGCCAGUGCAGAAAGCUAAGUGUGAAGAGAAAGAGACUCUGACCUGUGAGAAGUGCCCCAGGGUGUUUAAUACUCGCUGGUAUCGCUGGUACCUGGAGAAGCACAUGAACGUUACUCACAGGCGCAUGCAGAUCUGUGAUAAAUGUGGCAAGAAGUUUGUCCUGGAAAGUGAGCUGUCCCUUCACCAGCAAACAGACUGUGAAAAAAACAUUCAGUGUGUUUCCUGUAACAAAUCCUUCAAGAAACUCUGGUCCCUUCAUGAACAUAUCAAGAUUGUCCAUGGAUAUGCAGAAAAAAAAUUUGCCUGUGAAAUUUGCGAGAAGAAGUUCUAUACCAUGGCUCAUGUACGAAAACACAUGGUUGCACACACAAAAGACAUGCCAUUUACAUGUGAGACCUGUGGAAAGUCUUUCAAGCGCAGUAUGUCACUCAAGGUGCACUCCUUGCAGCAUUCUGGAGAGAAACCCUUCAGAUGUGAGAACUGCGAUGAGAGGUUCCAGUACAAGUACCAGCUCCGUUCCCACAUGAGCAUCCACAUUGGGCACAAACAGUUCAUGUGCCAGUGGUGUGGCAAGGACUUCAACAUGAAGCAGUACUUCGACGAGCACAUGAAGACGCACACUGGAGAGAAACCCUUCAUCUGUGAGAUCUGCGGCAAGAGCUUCACCAGCCGACCCAACAUGAAGAGGCACCGCAGGACUCACACAGGCGAGAAGCCCUACCCCUGCGAUGUGUGCGGCCAGCGGUUCCGCUUUUCCAACAUGCUGAAGGCCCACAAGGAGAAGUGCUUCCGAGUGACCAGCCCAGUGAAUGUGCCGCCGGCUGUCCAGAUCCCACUGGCCUCAGCUCCAGCUGCUCCCGCUCCAGCCGUGGCCAACACUCCCGCCAGCCCAGCCCCUGCAGUCAGUAUGAACCCUGUGGGUGGCGUGCUUCCCUCGAGACCCGUCCCGCACCCUUUCUCACACCUGCACAUACACACGCAUCCACACCACGCGCACCACCUCCCCAUCCCUCCUGUGCCUCACCUGCCCCCGCCCCCAGCCCUCUUCAAGAGUGAGCCCCUAAACCACAGAAGCCAGAGCGAGGACACCUUUCUGAGACACCUGGCAGAGAAGAACAGUGCGGCCCCGGCCCAGCACCAUUAGCCCCAGCCAGUGCCGUCCCCACGGUGAGCUGGCAGAAGGGAUGCAGCCGUACUUCUCUGGGGUCUGCCUAACUCCAUACCUCCUUCAGGGCCGUCGCCAUUGUCCUGGUGAGCCCUCAGACUGACCUGACGGAGUGAAGGAGAAGACUGCCCUUGAAACCAGGGGAACCACGGAACUAAAGCCCAAUUUGCUUGCAUUUUCUGAUGACUUUUAUAAAUUUCAGAUACUGUGACUGUGGGAUUUUAUAAUUUCAUAUCAGCGGAUGAGGUAUGCUUGCUUUUAUAUCUCGGUCUUCUCCUCAAAGAGGGGUGGGCCUGUUUCCUUUAUACUAAUCGGGAAGGCUGUGAGGUUAAUCCAGAGCAUUAACUGUAUCACUGUGUAUUGUAAUGAAUUCGUUUCAGCUUUUGGUGCUGGCUGCAGAGUCGAGCUGGCUGCGUUUCACACAAUAUCAAGCAUUAUAGAGAAGAUGGGAAUUUUCUUCUUUGUGUAGCUCUUUUAACACACUCUUUAUUUUACUACAGAAAUUAUUUUAGAGUUUUUGUAUAGACUUUAGUAGUCUGUUUCUAAAAUGAGAUGUAUUUCAAUAAGCUGUGUAAUUUUUUCAGUGUAGCUAAACCCAUGUUGUAAAAUAGAUAAAUUUUUAUAAUCAUCAAAAUGUGAUUCUCAAAGAUGCAUAUAAUAACUUCUAUCUCAACUAUUCUUACAUCCGUACAACUCAAAGGUGCUUCUGUGACUGGAUGUAUCUGAGCGGGUCAUCAGACCAGGUACAAAAGCAAGGUUCAGUACAAAGCUGGUCGUCAGUGAAUUGGACGUCUCUGCUGGGCGUUCAGUCCGUUGGGCUCACUGACACAGCCAGUGUUGGUGUCCCUUUGAGUACUCUAUGGAUUCAGUGGGGUGGUGUGAGGGAAUGGGGUCAUUCAGAGUUAGCAGGGCUUGCAAAUGUGAAUGACAUUUGUGAAUGCCCUCGGGAGGAAGGGGCAGAGGUCGUUUCCUUGGAUCACGUCUGUUUCUCACUUUCCUUAGAAGCUGUGUCGUGCGCAGCUGUUAGGGGAAGAUGGGUUGGGAUCUCUUACUUUGAGGCUCCUGUGUUUUCCAAGAGUUGUUAGAAGAAGCUAACACGGUGAACUGAAAUCACAAACAUAAUUGCUGGUAGUGACCAAGAAAUGUGGAUGAGAAGACAAGUUGGCUUUUGAGUUUUAAAAUGCCUGCAAUCUCUAAAACGUGGGUGUCCACAACUGACUGGUAUCUGCCAUUAAAACUGUAGUGACAGGAAACCCCCAAUACUGCUGCCUGCCCUCUCCAGAGGAGGGAGACCGCAGCAUCUUAGGUGAGGAAGGAGCAGUGCCCUUGCCUUUCGAGCGGCAGCUUACUCGGUCAACAUUUGGGGAACUUAAACAGAGCGUGGUCACCCUGGAGUGGAUAUACGGAAGGCCAGAGAGAAGGGCUAACAUGGUGGUUUCAGUCAGCUGACAGGUGUGCACGGCACAGCUCCUACGAAUUCUGUGCUCUUCUUCUCAGAGGCUGAGUUCCAAGAAUGGCCUCUGCCUCCCACCUCUCUCCUCCUCGUCUCUCUAUCCUCAGGCUCUUAAAUCAGACCCUUAGCUGUUAUUUAUUUAUCUUUGAUAUUAAAUGUGCAGUUAUGCGUUGUGCACUUUUUCCUGGCUACUUAACUCUGCAGUGGGGACACACGGACUCUGGACUGAGGUUAGCUUCCUGCUUUUAAGUAUCAUACUCCAUUAGUUUUUUUGGUUUACUAUUUCUAGAUUUUUCUCCAGUUUUGCCCUUGUCGUCUGUAAACAUAGGAAACAUCGUGUGUGGAGUCAGGAAAGUCUCUCAGGACACACUUUCCCUCCAGCUUCUAGCUAUGAACUUUAAUGAAUGGUAUUUGUAAUAUUUGCAUACAUUCUUGCAGCCCUCACAUACCCGAGGCAAACAGGAAACAGAUUCCUCUUCUGAAUGUUGUGACGUAGAAGUCACCCCUACCCCAUUACCUCCACGGUCUCCUCUGCAGCUUAUGGGAAGUCUGCAAAUCCACCUCUCAUGUAGACAUAUCCACAGCUCACGGCUAAACCUAUAAUAUUCAAGUAUUUUUAUCAAAAAAGGUAUAAUUUGUAGCUAAGUUAAUAAUUGGUUAUACUUUAUUUUAUACUAAAUGCUUUUACAAUAUGAGGCAGACAUUCUGAAUUCCAGACUUGAGGCUGUUGAAUUACAACCAUUCGAUGGUUAUACUAUGAAUAUUCAUUGAAAAAUUCAGGUUGUCAGUUCUGACUUUAUUCAAAUGACUAUAGCCAUAAGAAACUGUCCUCUACAUAGGAAACCCAAUAGCAAGUUAGUAAGCAUCACUAUCCUUAACAGAAGCAGAAAAAGGAAUUUAAAACAGUGGCUUAGCCCUACCACACUCUUAUCAUUCUUACUCAGAUGUGGAACAGUGUAGAAAUGGCAAUAUAUUUUUUUUUUCUAGAGAAGUUUAUCUUCCCUGACUCGAGAAGCCUGCUCUAAAAAAUGGCUCUCAAAAGUGUACGACUAAUGGGCAUAUGUAUAAUGAGACCUAUACAGAAAUGCUUCGGAGUCAGAAACCACAGGGUCACGCCUUAAACAUGCAGGUACCUCAGCUGUCACGUGCUGAAGACUCAGACUCAGGGUUGACAAUGUACUUGGGGUCUGCUGGCUACGAAGGGAAGAGCUGCAGUGUGUGCAGUGCUGGCCCACAUGUGCUGCAGUGCCCCAGGAAUUCUACAGAACCUGUUACAUUCUUGUUACCUGUCCAUGGAAAAAGACCCGUGGAAGAGUUCGAGUUUUAGGCUUGUAUCUUUACUGUUGUCUCGUAACACAUCACAUUUCAGAAUAACAGAUUCUAAAUCAAGGCUUUCUCAUUACACCAUUUUAUACUAUCUUCAAAGGCUUUGUUGUUGCAAGGAUACGUGGUUACUUAUAAGUAGACCAGGCUAGCCUUGAAUUCACAGCCUGAGUGCUGGGUCUACAGGAGAGAACCACAACCCCUUCCCCCAAGAGUUUUGUUGUUGUUGGGGUUCUUGUUUUGCUUUUUUUGAGAAAGGGUCUCUCACUAAAUACCUAAGCUAAGCUGAACUCCCCAGUGGAUAUGGUCAUGGUUACCUCAAACCCAUGACUCCCUCCCCUCAGCUUCCCAAGUGUUGGGCUCAUGGUACCUGCUCCACCCUGCCUGGCUUCCACAGCAAUGUUUCCGUGUUGGCAUUACGUUUUUGGGUUGAGUCAUGCGUCCCUUGCUUUCUUCUCGUGGAUUUAUCAUUUGGAUACAAACUUUUUCAGCCUAAUUCAUUAGCCUAAUUCAUUAGGCUGCUGCUCUCAAACUGAGUCAGGCUCAGACUGGGUUAGCUUUUAAACCUGAAGGAAAAGAAGAUUUAAAGGCAUGUGGCUUCAUUUUAUUUUAUUUUUUUUAAUAUUAUUUUGACUUGAUUCUUAUUUUUAGCAAAUGGGGAGGUCUCCACAUAAAACUUUAAUAAAGUUCAAAGAAACCUUUGUAAAUCAUUGCCAGGCACUGUCUUAGUAACCCUCAAGCCUCAGGCCUCAGCACGGGCCUUCCCAGGGUUGUCCAGUCUGAGAACCUCAUCUGUUGACAGUAUCCUUCUGAGCUAGCCCCCACCCCAUACACCCCACCCCACCCCCUCACCCUCACCCGGUCUAACCAGAGGCAAAAUCUUUGAAGUUUGGAAUUUUUAACUUCUUGAAAAUCUUUUUCAGUUUUAUGAUUGUUGAGUGGAUGUGGAUGUGUGUUUAGUUUCAUUUUUAUUUCCCUAGAAGAUUUAAAUUUUGAGACUAUGAAGCAGAGAAAGAACUCUACUGCAGAGGUGUGCGGGUGUGUGUGUGUGUGUGUGUGUAUGUGUGUGUGUACACACGUGUGCACAUACUCAUGAAUGCACACAUACAUCUAUAUGGAUCUAGUCCCUCUUGGAGGUUUGGUUAGGAAAACACACUAGAGUAGGUGAGCUUUUUGUAUUUAAAGAGAGAAAAACUAAAACUUCCAUUAAAAGAACCCCUCGUUUAAGUUAAAGGUGCCCCCUCUGUUUAAGCUACUGUAUGAAAAAUACCACUUUUGAUAAUUUGAUGGUCCACGUGCUAGAGAUUUUGAUGCUGUUCUGCAUAUGUAGCAUGCCAUGAGAAGAGAGAGUAUGUUAGAUUUAACCAUUUUAUCAACUAAAAAAAAAAAAAAAAAAAAAAUCAGCUGGGAAUCUUAAACUUCUAACCCUGAGCAAAGAGUCACCAGGUUUAAGGUUUUUCUCUACUUAAAACCAAGGUAGAAAAUUCCCAGGAGUUCUCGCGCUCUCCAUUUUUGUUUUUUUUUUCUUUUUCAGGAAUAAAGGGUCAUAAGCCAUUAGAAACAGUGGCAUUGUUAUGCAAUAACAGCUCACUAGCUAACCUGAUUCUGUGUCUGUGCCAUUCUUGGGAAGCAAUGCUGACCUUCCAACCGGGAACUACCUCGAUAAAGCAGCCCAGAGGCCCUCACUGCACUCUCUGUGGAAGCCAUAAAAGUUGCCAGUCGCCCGUUCACCUUCACAGUUGAAUGCUUUCAUACCCGCUAGGCCUGUUUAUAGACUUAUAAUCAGACCUUUCCCUCUUAAGGGACAGCUUUUCCAAGACUCCAAGGAAAGUCAGAUUCCUCCAAGAAUUUUCCUCAAGUUGCUUCAAAGAGCAACUUUGCAGCUCUCCAGCUUCAGUGAAUUUGUUUAAAGAACCAGAUGCCAUAUCACUCAAAAACAUUACGUUUAAUCCAAAACUACUGUGCAGAGCAGACCCACAUAUUCUGAAAACAAACUCCUUUUUGUUCCCUUAGUAGAGGCCGUGGGUCUCUCUCCACCCUGUUAACUCAGGGCUUCUGGUUGAUGUGUGUCGGGACAGCGUUCCUGGGGUUGUUUCUAUUACUGUAGCACAGAGACCUGAGUACCUGUCCGUCUGAUUUCCUACUGUCGUAUGCAGCUUUACUCUCAAUCACUCUGCUCUCGAGUGCCUUCAAAAAGCCGUGUCCUGGAACCUCUGUCCCGGUCUGAAUCCUACCUCUGAUUGAGUCGUUCUCCCUGAGUAUCGGAAUUCAUCCUCUUCCCAAGGGCUUAACUACAAACUCGCUAACACCUGGCUAGGAAUUGUGAACACAUUUGUGUGUUGUUGCCCUGUCACUCACGGCUGGGUCGCCUUUGUAGCUUCUUUGUAUCUUACUCCCCCACCCACACCACCUCUGGACUAGAGCCAUUUGUCCUUCACCUUCUAGUCUUUCACCACAGACCGACGGUUCCUUUAAAAAUCAAAGGUCACCCAGUGCAUCUCUGGGCCAUCUUUUUCUCAUCUGAUGAAGUCUUCCUGAGUACCUACCCUUCAAACUAAAGGACUGCGAGCUGCUGCUGGGGUGCACAUAGCAUGGCAUAAACACUUGCCAGGUUCUUCCCGUGGCUAGCUUAGUCAUAGGAGGAGAAAAGUGCUCUCUGGGGUUAACAAAUUCCUUUCUUGAUUUUUGAUCAGCCCCUCUCAUCAGCCACCUGUCCCCCUCGUAAGCCCCAUUACGUCAUUUACAAAGUGUGAUUGAUGUCUAAUGUAUGAAAGUCGGAGGCAAAAGGAAGCUGAUGCGUGCUCUAUGUGUAGUAUGUGCACUUCACUGUAAAGAUUACGUUAGCAACCGGCUGGUCUCUCAUGUCCCAAAUUAAAGUUUGUGCUGUGUAUUGGGUUGAUAGAUGAGCUCUUUCAGUGAGGAAACAGGAUUUUUUUUUUUUUUAGGCAAAUGAACACUAAUUAGAGUAUCUUGACCUGAGUCCAAAGCUUUGCUUUCUGACUUACAGUCUCUUGCGCCUUUCCUUCCAGUUAUUAUUAGUACCCAGGUGCCCAAGACCGAUGGUCGCGCAAGGUGGGAGUCUUGAAAGGCGGCUGUUGAUAAAUUUUUCUUCCUUUUUUUUGUCUGUGAACAGACAGGAUGUCAAUGGGUGGGACAAUACCAAAUUGUGAGAAUUGGGUUGAAAAUAUAGAAGUCAAGACAUUGGAAUGCCCCACUGGCUGUUUGGAUUGAGAGCGGUGUGCACAGUGGAAGAGGUAGGGUCUGUGGUGCAGAAAUCAUUCCCGAGUUUCUAAAGGACCCUCCAUGUUUGCCGCUGCAGUCGGUCUUGAGACCUGGAUGCUUUUAAAUUGGUUCCUUUUCUCUCCAGUGUCCCAGGUGUUUGGAUAGCGAAGAACCAUAGUUACCUGUCACUGGGAAGACCCAUACCCUUCAAGACGGAUGGCUGCUUUAUUUUGUCUGGAUUAGGAUACUUUUGGUCAAGUAUCAAAGAGAGUUGUUGCCCCUCAGAGGUUUCCCCAUCACUAACCCCAGCUUACCUUCAUCCUAUUUGAGCUUCUCUGGUGAGAUUGGGGAUAAUGACAGAUUACUUGAAAAUGAUUUUAUAGGUGAUGGAGAUGCUCAAAAAGGGAUGGAAGCUGGGUUUUUGUUUAAUGUCAAAAGGAAAUCGGAUGGUUUCAGUCGAGUCAAGAGCCUGCCUGUAUGGGUCUGAGAAGAGAGUAGUGGCUUGUUUCUGUGUCUCUGGCUCCCGUGAACGAGCACAGCCUCUCCAUCUGCCUUACCAUGUAGGGAGCCAGGGAGCCAGAAACAGGGUCUCCAUCACACCCUGCGUAGGCUCUGCGACUCUGGCUGCAUUGGAAAAUACACAUGAUCACUCACUUGAGUUAAGUUGGAAAGAAAUAAAUGGUGUAGUGUAAUGUCUGUGUUUACUUCUCAAAUUGUAUCGCUAGAUAUGUGGCCUCAGAAAACCAGGUGAAUUAUCUUCCAGACUAGGAGGGGUUGGAAGUGGGGGUGACGGUUGUUUUGGGUUUUUGUUUCCUCUGCAGUACUUGUUUUGGCCAUACGGGGCGAUAAAGUACUUUCUUCUUAGCUUUUAAGUCUCUUCUGGGCUACCUCUUGGCUCACUGGUUGGAUUUGACUAAAGCAUUUUCACGAUCACUAAGUUGAGCAGUUACUCAGGCCCGGUCAUGUGAGCAGAGAUGGAGUCCUGUGUCUGAGGUCCUUGUGGCUCAUCAGGCAGCAUAACCAGCAAGCCUUUGUUAAUAUUGGUUCCGUGAAACUGAAAGCUAGCCCUUAUCAUAAAGGCUCCAUUGUUUACUAAGCGCAGAGCUAAAGGUGACCCUCCUCCCUGUUUCCACAUUGCAGCACCAGUCUGCCCUGUCACAUCUGUGACAGCAGUGGGGACCUCUCAUAUGUGUAAGCACACGCUCUCUCACUUUGUCUGCUCCAGGUGGGUAGGAAGGUCUCCCAGAGCAGGCCUGGCCCUCUCUCUGCACCGGUUCCUUGUCUUUGGGCUCCUGGCCCUCUUCAGCUCUUGGGGAAUUUGGAUUGCGCCCAUUGCAGUGUCUCCAGAGGAACAGUUGGCUAUCCACUCAGGAAAGCACCGGCCUGAGGCUGUUUACCUUGCAGGGUCAGGAAGCAUUUUCCCGUGGAAGGGCUUCCGGCUGAUUUCCUCAUGGUCCUUUCCCCCAGCAAGAGCCUAUGCAGUGCCAGUCGGGGGAUCCUUGUAAUUCCAGCCCAGGCAGAAGUGGAAGGGAAGCCGUGACUAGGGUAGGUAGCAGGUGGCCAGGUGUCCCCACAGUCCUGAGGUCACUUGCACUUUCUCAUUUCUUAAAGGAAGUCCAGUGUUCUUGCCAGGAAUCCUUAGCCUUAGGUUUACAAAGCUUGCUGUUGAAUGUUCGUCCAGAGGAGUGUAAGAAGGCAGGAACUGCUUGGUUCCAGUCCUGCCUACAAGGUCAAGAAGAUUUAAGACUACGUCUAAUCUAGAAUGGGACAGUGUCUCUUCCUUACCUCUGUAGAGGGCAUUGAAGGUCAAGUUGGGACGGUGAGGGGAGGCACCUGUCAUGCUGUAACGAAGGUUAUUGGGCCUUCAGUUGGGGGUGGGGGUGAGUGGUGGGUAGGACAGAGUCUUAUUAGGGUGGGAAGGAGGGAGAGAAGGGCUUGGCCCAGGGAGCUAGCUGCAUGAUGGGUGGAGCCAGGUGGGCUCUGAACUGGUCCAGAUGCCUGGCUUCCCUUAGUCAUCUUUGCCCUAGCAUCCUGUCAGACUCCCGGCGUGAUGAUUUCCUUCCCUGUGUUAACUCUACCAAUAUUAUUUUUUUAGCAAUGGAAAUGCACUUUUUUUUAUUUCAACUCAAUCAUGAUUUUAAGUAUAAAAAUUUAUAGAUUGUUAAAACUACUUUUUUGUGUAUUUUUAACCACUCAAUGUAGCAUUGUAUAUUUUAUUCUUAUUGAGACUCUGGUACAAGGUGUGCCAUUUAAUGAUUUUUUUUUCCCCAACAUGCUGGGCCUUUGGAUGUGUACGGUAACCAACUUCAUGCUAAUGUUCAAAGUAAAAAAGAAAAGUAGCCAUA